AUGGAUGCUGCUAUGGGCGAGCCUGUCGUUGGAAGCCCUGCUCUUCGAAGCCUUCAAGAUGGUCCACGGGCAGAACCUGUUGAAGAUGAAGGCCAUUCGCCACAAUUUAGUGGAAAUUUUGAACUACAUGAAUAUGAGGACCAGGGGGAGUGGGAGGAGGAGGAGCAGGGGGAUCAGAUUCAUAAGGGGGAUGAGGGGGAUCAUAUUAAGGAGCGGGGGGAUCAGAUUCAUAAGGGGGAGGAGGGGGAUCAUAUUAAGGAGAAGGGGGAUGAGAUUGAGGAGAAAGGGGAGGUGGGGGGGACUUCCAAAAUCAUGGAUGGGUCGGCGUCCUGUAAGCGAAAGCAGGGAGCGGUGGCGAUCUCAACUGAUCCCACAAAGAGAAAACGUCGAAGAAAUGUGAAGCCGAGCCCAUCUAUUAAAUCUCCUUUUGUUGCACAACCCUUCGUCAAGACAACAAAAUUAAAGGAAGAAGAAGAAUCAGUCAUUAACUAUCUUAUUAGGGGACCGACAAAUGAUUUAAGUGAGGUGUUGAUCCGUAUUGAAGGGGCAAAGUGGCCUCUUACUCACAAGGAAGUUGCUCAAUCGUUUAAACUGAGGGGCCUUGUGUGUAAUAUGGUUAUGUACACUUUUACGGAUUGGCGAAUGCUGAAGGAAAGAGCCCAUGCGACCAAGGCUCAUCCAUCACGUCACAUUUUCUCUCCAGCCUUUGCGUCCAAUCUACUUGCAACUGAAAGUGACAAGUACAGCAAUGUAUUGCGGGAUGAUUGCGACCCUGAUAAACUAGGUUAUGACGUGUUAAAAUGCGACAUGCUUUCCUUGCCUGUGCUUGAAAGUGAACAUUGGUUUUGCGUGUGCAUAUCCCUUGUUGAGUCACGCGUUUAUAUUCUUGACUCAAUGAAGCACGCGGGACAAAACUUGGAUCAAUUGGAGCAAGUUAACAUUUUACAAAAGAAUCUAUUUGCACUCCUGAAGAAGAGACGUACGCGAAGUUCACGAAAUGAUUCCCGCAUAUUUGAAGUUCAAUAUGCGGAUGUGCCACAACAGACAAACUUGUUAGUCAUAACUUCCUUGACUUGUGCAACUUAUUUUGUCAUUCUUUUGGGCGUUGUAGUCAUGUCUUUCAAUUUUGUUUUUGUAGCCAUGAUUGUGGAAUUUAUGUCAUGA